AUGAGUGAAAAGGAAGACCAAGGAGAACCAGCGGAUAUGGGUGAUUUAACAGAAAGUGGAGAAUACGAGGAUGAUUUUGAAAAAGACCUCGAAUUGCUAAAUAAUGAAGAAGAAGAAGAAGAAGCAGAAGAAGAAGUAGAAGAAGAAGAAAACCUUGGUGAAAGAGAGAAUCCUGAAAAAAAUGAAGAGGACACUGAAGCACAGAUUGUUAAACUUACAGAAAAGUUUGAGGAAGACAAUGAGGAAAUAGAAGAAAAUCCAGAUCAACUUUCACAGGCAGGUGUAGAUGUGACAGCGAGACCUUCCAAUGAAGAGAGUUUGGAAUCCAGGUCUGGUAUUAAACACGAGGAUUCUGUAUCUGAUACCGAUAGUGAAAGCUCUGUCCAGGAAUUCAAGCUGGAAAACCAGGAGGAACUGAAUGAGGAAGAGGAUGAAGAAAUAAAGCGUUACAUCUUGGAAAAGAUUGAAGCAGCCAAUAAACUGCUGGAGAAUCAGGCUCCUGUGGAUCAGAACAGAGAACGGAAAUUAAAAUUUAAGGAUAAGUUGGUGGAUCUUGAAGUUCCUCCUCUGGAAGAUGCUGAAGUUUGUAAAAUGGACCUUGCAAGAGGAGAUGAUGUUUCUAAUAGGCUGUCUCUGAUGCAUAUUUCUAAUGAAAUGGGACAGGAGAGCACAUCACUUUCACCACAUGCUGACAAGGAUGAGGAAAAGAAGGAUGGUAAAAUCCUAGUGGAAAAAGAUGGGAAGUUUGAACUCUUAAGUUUACGUGAUAUUGAAAGCCAGGGCUUUUUGCCCCCUAUAAGUGUUUCUUUUACUGAUAUUGAAACUCAACGUAUGUCUCCAAAAUCGUCACACUAUGGUCCUUUUGGCACUGUCUCUGGAAUAAAGGAAGUACCUCCAGUAAGACCAGGAGCACAUUCUUUUUCUGCUGGUGUAGAAGAGAGUGUGCAUUUCCCUAAGCCUCCAUCUAACCCAAAGUGUCGCCCAAAUUCUGCUGUCAAUGCUGCAAGAGGUCUGGGAAGACAGAAGACUCCGCAGAGAGCACAGUCUGCAAAUGUGCCUGUGAGAAGCUCCACUUACUGUCUUUCUCCCAGACAAAAGGAAUUGCGGAAGCAGUUAGAACAAAGGAAAGAAAAAUUGAGGAAAGAGGAAGAAGAAAGGAAAAGGGAACAAGAAGAACAGAAGAAAAGAGAGAAUGAGAUGGUUUUUAAAGCUUGGUUACAGAAGAAGAAAGAACAAGUGCAAGAAGAAAAGCGAAUUCAUCGUGCUAAGGAGCUAGAAGACUUGAACAGCAAAGAGAGGAGCAGGAAUCCAGAAGAAGCCUUCAAGUUAUGGCUUAAAAAGAAGCACCAAGAACACAUGAAAAGAAAACAGAUCGAACUUUUGAGACGCCAAGCUGAAGGAAUUGCGUUUUUUCCAAGAACAGAGGAAUGCAACAGAGCCUUUAAAGA